GCGGUGACCACGACAUUACUGCUUUUAUUCUCUUUGUUGUCAAAAAAAAAGUAUUUGGUUACAGCUCUUUCCUCUUUGUUUUAUUUUUAUUUUACAAAUGACAAAGAUCUUUAAAAAACAAAACCAAAGGAAUACCAAGCCUUCACCUGCUUCCAAAUUUAUUCCUUUUGAUAGAAGCAAGCUACAGUACAGCUGGUCUUUCAAGAGGAAGAUUGGACCUGGAUUCAUCAACAUGUUCAACACAUGUUUUCUUAAUUCAGUAUUGGCAUGUUUAACAUACACUGCACCCUUAUCUCAAUACUUGUUAACCAACGACCAUAAGGAAAAUUGCCUCAAAGAAGGUUUCUGCGCUUUAUGUGCAAUGACUGAACACGUUUACAAAUGCUUUAAAACAUUUAAAAGUUUGACCCCCCUUGCUGCUAUCAGCUUGAACUAUUUUACUAGCAAUUUGAAAAGAAUAUCAUCAAGAUUGACUUUGGGCCGUCAAGAAGACGCUCACGAAUUCUUCAUGUUCCUUCUUGAUGCAUUCCAAAAUUCAUAUACACCCGCCAAAAGCAAACUUACACCUGAGCAAGAAGAAAAUGGCCUUGUGCAUUAUAUCUUUGGUGGUAAACUGCAGUCACAGGUCACUUGCGAUAAUUGCAAUGCAAAAUCAAACAGCUACGAUCGGUAUCUGGAUCUCAGUGUUCAGCUGAAUGAAGCCGAAAGCAUUGAAGAUGCUUUGAAAUCAUAUAUCCAAACGGAUGUUAUUGGUGGCGAUAACCCCAGUGAAAAUGGAUACAACUGUGAACAAUGUAAGCAAAAAGUCAAGGCAUACAAGCAAAUGACGAUUUCUGAAAUUCCAAACAAUUUGAUUAUUCACUUGAAAAGAUUUGAAUACGACUUUCAUUCUGACAGUAUGGUCAAGCUUAAAAAGCGUAUCAGAUAUCCAACGAUCUUGAAUAUGGCCCCAUAUAUGAGCGAAGAAAAGCACGUUGAAAAGGCUACUUAUCGUCUGUAUGCAGUCCUUGUACAUCAAGGUUCAACAUGCGAUUCUGGACACUACUAUGCAUAUGUUAGAAACUCUGGGGGAUCAUGGUAUCUCAUCAAUGAUGAGGAGGUCUGCCAUGUUGGAGUUAAAGAAGUCAUGAAGCAACAGGCAUACAUGCUUUUUUACGAACAAAAAGAAAUGGUUGCUAAUAACAAGGAUGUUACCAACUGCAAGAUGAACAAGAAACAACCAGAGCAAAAAUUGGCAUUAACUGAAUUGGAUUUGCCCGAUGAACUUCAUGCAAAAAAAUGUUUAAAGAGAUCUCGUGAUGAUAGUAGUGAAGACGAAGCAAAGGCAAAGAAGGUCAAAUUUGUAGAGCUUGAUAAUACAGUUGUUGCCACUGAUCCCGAUGCUUGGGUAGUAAGAUCUGCAGACGUCCCACAUCGCUCUCUGUAUGGAAAUCAAUCGCCACGCACUUAUAGUAAUGCUGUAGGCCAUGUUAGUCAAUGGACAGUUCGUGAUUGUUAAAGAAUGUGUAUUUUUUUUUUUUUUUUUU